AUGAAUGUUCUUUUAUCAUUUUCUCGACGAUCGCGCAAAAAUUUAAAACGCAUUUAUGCCCAUGCAACAUUAAGUGUAAGGUAUAAAACCAUCGCAUCCAAUGUAUCUGUUUGGUCGGAUGAACGGACUAAAAAACUGAUAAAUGCAAUAAAUAAGCAUGGAAAAAAUUGGCAAUUGAUUCAAAAAAAAUAUUUCCCUGAUAGAACUGACGAUUAUCUCUAUCGAAAAUGGAUUAACGAAACACGCAAUGAGAGAUUGGCAGUCACGAAAAAAAGAUGGACAAAAGAAGAGUUGGAUUUGCUUAAGGAUGGCGUAGAAAGAUUUGGAAAUAGGUGGAGCUUAAUUCAAAAGACCUAUUUUCCUAAUAAAAACCCAGGAUCUCUCUGUAAAAAAUGGCGUCAGUAUGAUCCAGAUAAUUCAUUAAUGUUUGCUAGUGAAAAAUGGACGAAAGAAGAGUUGGAUUUGCUUAAGGAUGGAGUAAAAAGAUUUGGAAAUAGGUGGAGCUUGAUUCAAAAGACCUUUCUUCCUAAUAAAAAACCAGGAUCUCUCUGUAGAAAAUGGCGUCAGUGUGAUCCAAAUGAUUUAUUAAUGCUUGCUAGUGAAAAAUGGACGAAAGAAGAAUUAAAUUUCAUUAAGGGUGGGGCAGAACAAUCCGGACGAAGUUGGAAUUUGGCUCUAAAUCCUUACUUUUCGACAGUGACGUCUUUGGCCCUUUUCAAAAAGUGGUCUAAAUUGAUAACAAAUAACAGUUUGAGACGGAUAGAAGUUAAUCUGCAUCAAAUUGGAGUAAAUAGAUUCGUACGGAGAUGGAGCCAGCUACAAAAAACUUAUUUUCCUGAGAAAACUUUGAAAGCUCUCUAUGUCAAGUUUUACCAAUCAACGCGCAUUAACAAAAUAAUUUUAGAAAAGAUUCAUGCACAAAGAUGGACAGAAGAAGUAAAUAUGCUAAAAAAAGGUGCGGAAGAACUCGGACGAAAUUUGAAUUCGAUUCAAACAUACCUUUCCAAAAAGAAAUAUUUAGCCCAUUACCAAAAGUGGCUUAGAAUUAAACAAAAAAAAGUUCCGAAUUCAAUAGCGAGUAAAGAAUUAAGUCAAAGAUUUUUGGCAAAGAUAGAGCAUUUAAAGGCUUCAAGUGGUUAG